UGAAAUGAUAGGAUACGAUGAUCCUAUUCAGGAAGAUCUUUCUAACAAUUCUUUUUAAAUUCUAAUAUAAUUUUAAGACACGAAAUUCUAAGAUGGGCAUGUGUUCUCAAUGUCAUCACAUGUCAAGCAGAGGCCAUGAAAAAAUUGCUAUUACAAGUUCUUAAUAUGAAAUUUGCAAAUCAGUCUUGGUCUGAUUUGUCUUGGUCUGUACCAAGAUUAAAAGAAUGGACAAUUUGUAAUGCCAUAACGAUAGCAGAAAAUAAUACGUGGUCUCUGAUACUGAAUACGUGGCAACACAUAUCUGACAAUAAACUAUUAGAAUUUUUGGCUUGCACGAAAAAUUCUACUAUCACCAAGCAAUAUUUAGAUAUGCUAACGUCAGAAACAUAUUUUACAGCCAAGGACCGCAUUCAUAGUUUUUACUUUAUUGUUGCAAAACGUGUAAAUGAUUAUGAAAUAUUGGACUAUAUAGAAAAUAAUUUUCAAAAAAUAAUACCCAAAGAAGUCGGUACUACUCGAGCAUUAAUUUUUAUUAUUAAUCAUCUAUAUAACUUAAAUCAACUUUUCCAGCUAACCGUCUUCGUAAAAAAUAAUUUACAUCAUCUAAUUUCUCCUCCAGUUGUUUUUCAUAAGAUAUAUAAGCGCAUACAUCGUAUAGAUAAAUUGAAAGACAAAUUGAAGGUAGCCAAUCUUAUCAAAUAAUCGAACAAUUAAUAAAAUAGGAGAAUUGUAAUGUAUAAAUUUGCAAUAAAUUCUAUUGUAUUUCUUUAUAUUAUUACUCUUAUAUAAAUAUUUUUGUAAUAAAAUUUCCAGCUUAUUAUGUUAACACAUUAAAUCCGAUAUGAAAUUAGUAAUAUAAUCGAUAAUAUAAUCCGUCAAAAUAAUUGUCAAGAUAGGAUACAUAGCAAUUAUAUUGACAAAUAAAAAGAUUUUAUACAAUGUACUGUAAAUCAUGAUAAUUAAAAAAAAAUG